ACAUCCCUAGCCAUGAACCAACAGAUCAAAAGACCAAUCAUAUCAACCCCAGAUUUAAGCCCCAUAGGCCAUAAUUAAUAAAACCAACCGAGCGGGGAGUUAUCCAAAUCCCACGUAACAGAGUCUAAUCGGAACUUGCCAUUCAGGGCAUCCCGGAAUGUUGUCCGCCGCGUAUCGCCAUCAUCUGCAUUGUUAACAAAUCGCCCACACCAUCUCCCGACGACUUCUCGCACGAGCCAUCACGCAACUUAACAUUCUUAGAGCUCCUACUCAAAUUCGCUUGUUCCUCCACCGACGUCUGUUGCAGCAAGGAACCCUCAUCCAUCUAAUCAAGUUCUUUAUCCGUAGCUAUUUCAAUUUGUAAUGCCUUUUUGGUUAUAUAUUGUAAAUCUUUUCGAAAAAUCUCUUAAAAUAGUUAGAAAUUCUAGUAUCUAAGCACCUGAAUCUGUGAAUCACUCCUUUGAUCUGGUCGGUGCUAAUAUAACACUCCGUCUGUGAUUUUCAAUUACUGUUUUCUAAGUGAUUAGUAGAAGGAGGUGAGCAGAGUAAGUUAACUAUGGAGAAAGAGAUCCAACGGGCCAUUUCCUCGCGGAUAAACCGGAGAGGAGAAAGGAGUAAUCAAAUGUCGCAUUCUAAAGAUGGUGAAGGUGGAUUCUUUUCAUCAGGGAAGUUUUCUAGUGAUUAUCCAAUGAGAAUAAUGUGGAAGCGUGGUUUUAUUCGUUUGGUUCUUGUAGCGGGCAUACUGUGGAUGUUGCUGAUUCUACUUGUACUGUUAUUUCAUGUUUGGUCUUGCCAGUCUUCUUACUCAUUCUUUUCAGCUAUCUGUAAUAAAGAAAGCAAGGUAUAUAGCGUUUUAAACUCAUGGGGAUUUGUUGCACAGCAACACCGUUGCCCAAUCCCUGUAGCCAAUAAUCCUGACAAAAUAGUUAUUCCAGAAAGAGGAUCUUCAGACGAUAUUGUUAAAAAUUUAUCAUACUUCAUGGAGGACGAGCUAGUGAAUAAUGGAUCUCAGCCAUCCCCAUUAUUUGGAGGACAUGAAAGCUGGUCUCAAAGAGAGCAGAGUUUCAAACUAAAAUCUUCUAUGAAGGUUCAUUGUGGAUUUAUGCAUGGUGGUGGUGCUGAAAUGGAUCCCAUGGAUAUCAAAUAUGUCAGUAAGUGUAGGUUUGUGGUUGCAUCUGGAAUCUUUGAUGGAUAUGAUGUACCUCAUCAGCCUUCAAAUAUAAGUGAUCGUUCUAAGCAACUGUUCUGCUUUCUUAUGGUGGUGGAUGAGAUUUCUCUUGAUUUCAUAAAGGAAAAUGCCACUGUAAGGAAGGACAUUAAUGGGGGACUAUGGGUUGGCAUAUGGCGUCUUGUUUUGCUGAAGCAUCCACCUUAUGAUGAGCCUAGAAGGAAUGGUAAAGUUCCCAAGAUUUUAACCCACAGGUUAUUUCCUCAAGCACAGUACAGCAUUUGGAUUGAUGGUAAAAUGGAGCUGAUAGUUGAUCCAUUGUUAAUCCUCGAAAGAUACUUGUGGCGUGGGAAGAACACCUUUGCUAUUGCUCAACACAAACACCAUCACAGUAUAUAUGAGGAGGCUGAUGCAAACAAGCGGAGGAAACGAUAUGCACGACCACUUAUUGAUCUUCACAUGAAAAUAUAUCGUUAUGAGGGAAUGGAGCCUUGGAGUUUAAAGAAAAGCACCAUUAGUGAUGUGCCAGAGGGAGCUAUUAUUGUAAGGGAACAUACAGCAAUGAGUAACCUGUUUAGCUGCUUGUGGUUCAAUGAAGUCAACCUCUUCACUCCAAGAGACCAGUUGAGUUUUGGCUAUGUUGUGUACAGAUUAGGAGGUGCAUUCAAGUUCUUUAUGUUUCCAAAUUGCGAGUACUACUCAUUGUUUGUGUUGCAUCCGCACACGAGAGAGCAUUCGUCAAAGGUAGAAUGGGUAAAAAGCUUAAGCGAAUUUAAGGGGAGUGGUAGCAGUAUGAAGGAGAGCAGAGGGGGGUUAGGACUAUGGACUCCAUAUCCUGGAGACCUUGAUUCAGUUGUCUUGCCACCUGUUGUAAGAACAUCCAAAGCAGGCUGAGUUCUACGUUAUAUAUAUUUUUGUUAUAAUACCUUGUGAACUUUGAAAUGGUUAUUUAAUAACUUAAUCUAUCAACUUCUUGAUUAGAUAGAACUUGGAGACUUUUGAAAGUUUUGUACAUUAUUUGGGAAGGAAGAGGGAAAUGAUCAUAACCUUAGGGAUUUCUUCUUUUAUAUAAAUUUUGGGGAGAAUCAUUGUUGAAAGGUUACUAGUUAGCAAACACAAGCAAAUCCCUCCCCUCCGGUGUACUUCAACUAGCUUCUCACCAUUUGAAUGGAUAACGCAAGCAGGCAUUUAACCUCUCCGGAUUUUGCUUCU